AUGACUCGUCGAGCCAAGUGGAGCACAUCCUGGCAGCAGCACGUGUCCGAGUCUGUUCUUUCGGAUGUGGACUUGAAGGGGAAUCUUGAACGUGUUUCUGAACAUGAGAAUAUACACUGGCAUUUGCCAGUUCAAGUCACGACAGCAGGCGGGGUCUUGGCUCACGCAUCUCAUGUCAUCACUGUUCUUCUACAUCAUCAUGCACCCAUGAUUUUCAAGGUGGGGUUCACCCACGACGCUUGCUGGAGAUGGGAAAACUCAGUCUAUGGAUACCGAAGGGAUAAAGGUCAUAAGUGGGAGCAUAUGUGCAUCCUGCACUUGUCCGAAGAAGCUGGUACACCAUCCAUGCUCGAAGCAGCCCUCAUCGACAAGUACAAAGGCAACUCAGACUGCACAAAGGCUAGCAUUGGCGCUACCUGCAAAUCGGUGGUGCGGUCGGCUCGGGCGACUGUUGAAGAAGUGCCAGCGGCAGCUUCAUCUUCCCUAGGGCUUGCUGCUCGUUGCACUGAGCACAAUGCUGAGCGAGACUUUCAUAGAAUGGCCCGACGAACUGGGCUAAUGCUUCCAGUGCAAAUCAGCCCUGUGAUGUUGGAUGAAGAAGUUGAUGUGAUAAAGCUAUCUUCUUGGGGCCACUUCUUUUUGGAGCGGAAUCUCUGGCACACGAUGUGUGGGCUGCAGCAGCCAGAUCAUGACAGGUGUUGCUUUAUUUGGGGAAGCUUUUGGGACAAAUACCGUGCAAUCGCUCCGUUGCACCCUGUUUUCAACAAAACAGCAGAGCAGUUGUCCCGGACCGUGGGCGUCCUCAUCCACGGGGACGAGGGCAGGUCCAAAAAGAAGGCCCCGCUUUUGGUGAUCUCGGCCCAUUCCGUUUUAGGAAUGGGCAGCGGUGUUGACUCCCAUCUUCAUGCCGCUGAGGCCUACGACAAACAAGAAUUAAACUGGACAGGACAUACUGCUGCAACUCGAUGGCUUCUCAGUGUGCUCCCGCGAUCUAUGUACGACGACCAGCGAUCGGACAACUACCAGCUCCUCCUCAAACACUUGGUCACCGACAUGAAAGAGCUUUUUGAAAAAGGUCUCGUGGAUCCCUUGACUGGCCACACCCACUACUUUUGCAUUCUGAACAUCAUUGGAGACUGGCCAUUUCUGGCCAAGUCAUUCGAAUGGACCCGGACAUUUGGAAAUUCGGCCAAGAAGGCCACGGCCAAAAAGGCGCCGACAGGAAUCUGUCAUGCUUGUUGGGCUGACAAGCCCGGAUACCCGUUUGAGGAUUUCGAAAGCGCCGAGCCGAGAUGGAGGCAAACCCUCAACCGCGACGACCCUUACAUCACCAAGCCGAUCCUCAUGGAGCUUCCCCACGAUCCCGCAGACCCAUCUGCUUUUGCAGGCCAAGACUACUUUCACGGGUUUCAUCUAGGAGCCGGCAAAAUUUUCGUUUCUUCAGGGCUCGCCCUCCUUUCAAGUUUGUUCCCGGGUACGAGCUUUCCAACUCGCUUCAAAGCCAUGGAAACCGAUCUAUUCGGGUGGUGUGCUACAUACAAGCAGUAUCCGUAUAUCCGCAAGUUUACCAGGCAUACCAUCGGCUGGCCGCAUACCACUGAGGCCCCUCUUGGAGGGUGGCACAAGGGCUCCACUACGUUGUGCCUGUUGCGCUGGUUUCUCUUUUGCUGUUGGCAGCGACGAGGCAGCAUCACGAGCGGAUCUCUUUUGCAUCUGUGCUGGGAGGCUGCUUGGGAGAUCGACAUAUUCUUCUCAGGCAUCUACAGGCAGAAGAUUUGGAUUCAGGCAGAUACGGCCAAAGCUUUGGGACUUCGGGGCAUGCGUUUUCUUCAAUUGAAUGGACGAUGCGCUCAAGAAGCCUUUCGGCAGGGGCUCCCCUUCUUCCAAUACAUGCCGAAUCUACACAGGCUCCAUCAUCUGUUCUUCCAGUUGCUGGACCAGUCUGCUAUGACAAACUACGUCCUCAACAACAUGAUCUUUUGUUGCCAGGUAGAAGAAGACUAUAUAGGACGGCCAUCACGAGUUUCGAGAAGAGUCCACACGAGAUCCGUCAUAUUGCGAGUGUUGCAGAGGACACUGGAAUCUGCACAAGCUAGAAUGACUGAGAAUGGAUGGCUAAGACGCUGA